GCUAGGGGAAGUGCCCAGUUACCCGAUGGAGCACUUACCUAUUGUCAUCUCUGAGGUGUUGGUGCAUGUGUUGACCAACAGUUUGAAUCAUGAGGAGUGGCCUCAGGUGGUGUCAGAUGACAUUCACCGACACCUGGAGAAGCAGAGAAGCAUUGUGGUCACUCUGAGAGGGCGUGCUGAGGGGCGCACCCUGCUGCCCCUCCCACUGUGUGUGGAAAGGGCACGAGCUCAAGGCAUUGGGCUCAGCCCCACUGGGUGGCCGCUAGAUGGAGGCUUGCUAUACUCCAUAGAAACUCUGAUUGUUCAGUGGUCGGGGCAGAUAUGGAACGUCCUGAAGAAAGACUCUGGAGCCUUGCUGCUCCAGGGAGACCACCCAGGCCCCAUUUUGGAACUACAGUUCUGGACCUCUCAAAGGGAGAAUCUUGUUGGGAUUCAGUCGCAGAUCCAAAGUCCCAGAGUGAAAGAGAUUAUGGAGAUCCUGAGGAGAGUCAAAAGCAGUUAUUACUCCUCCUUCCAGGACAUCUCUGUCAAAGUCAAUGAGGCGGUACUGGAAGCUGAGGACAUAGAUCUGCAUCUGCGUCCUUUGAGGAGGCUUAUCAGCAACCUGGAGGAGAGAAGUUUCCCUCAGGUGGACGUUUUGCUGCCUCCUCUCUUCCACACUCUUUGUCUCAUCUGGAGUCACUCCCAGUUCUACUGCACUCCUCAGCGCAUGGUAGUCCUCCUGCAGGAGUUCUGCAACCUGAUCCUGGAAAAGGCCUUUGCCUACUUGAUCCCUGAGGAACUCUUUAAGAUGGAGCUUGAGGAGGGCCAGGAGAGAGUCCAAAUAACCAUCUCAGUCCUGCGCACCUUCAAGCAGCUGUUUCACACUCACCGCAAGAAUAUUCUCAAAUACUUCCAACAGAGCCAGACCAUCAAGUUUUGGGACUUUCCGGCCUCGCUUGUGUUCCGGCGUUCAGACCGCAUCAUGGAGAGGCUGCUCAUGAUUGAGGAGUUAUUUUCUGCAGCUCUGGACUUUCUGAAGCUGGAGAAAAUUGAACUUGGCGGAUCCAGAGGCAAGAUUCUCAGUGAAAUGGUCUGCACCAUGAGCGAGGAGUUCCAUGACCGCUGGCGAGCGCUCAGAGAGAGCAAAUAUGACCCCUUGGACUCCACUAAUGAUGAUUUUGUGCAUCAUCACAAUCGUUUUAUGGACCAGAACAGGGACUUUGACCAAAGGCUGGGAACUGUCCUCAAUCUGGCCUUUCAGCACUCUAAAAACCUCAAAUCUACAUUCAAGCUAUUGAAGAUUUUUGGCAACUUGCUUGAGAGGCCGAGGAUUCAUCAGCUCUUCUCUCCUAAUUAUACUGUGCUACUGGACAUGUUCAACCAGGAAGUAAACCACUGGCAGUUUCUACUUAAUCAACACAGAGAUGAGGUGAGGAGAAACAUAAGUGGAAGUGUGAAUUUGGGGAAAAAUAUGCCGCCGGUGGCUGGGAGGCUCAAAUGGUCACAGGAACUUCAGAGUCGCAUCCUGACCAACAGGAGCAACCUGUGUCAGCUAGCUCAAAUGCCUCUGGGUGGCACUGAGGCCGACGCCGCAUUCCAGAAGUGUGAGAGUCUUCUCGAAACCUUGGAGCGGCAGGACCAGGAGCUUUUCUCAGAGUGGACUGAAGGGUUGGAGGAAAUCUGUCAAAAACACCUAAAGGACCCCCUGUUGACCCUUGACACCAACACAGGCCUGUUCCACAUCAACUUCAGUCCAGCUUUGACAUCAGUACUCAGGGAGGUGAAGUAUCUGGGAAUGUUGAAAAGCCCAAAUAUUCCCAAAGCAGCUCUUCAUCUCUACUCCAAACGGGAGAGACUCCAUGUGCAAACUCAGACACUGACCUUGGUGACCCAGUGGUACAACCAGCUGCAGAGCACCAUCCUGGAUGUGGAGCUCGGACUGGUUCAAGAUGAGAUGGACAAGACGAGGCGACAGCUGGAGCCGGCCCUGCAAAACCUGACCUGGGCCCAGGACAACCUGUGGGACUACAUCAAGAGCACAAGAGAUCUUGUCCAGAGCAUUUGGAGUCGUGUCUGCAAGAGCAAAGCUAAUGUGGAGGCCAUCCAAAGCCUCAUGGGGAAACUCAGCCAGCGUGCAUGUAUUACCAGAAAGAGUCGUGAUUCUACUCUUCUGGUUUUCUCUGAUAUUGAUGAAAGUCUUGCCAAACAGCACGCUCUCAUCAGCAGCACCGGAGCGCAGAUACACAUGCUUCUGCAGGAGAACCAGUCUCUACUGGCCGUGUCCGACCUAAACAGUAGCAAGUGGCAGGCCUACUCGGAUUACGUAGACGGCAUGAUCUUGUCAGGCUUCUUUAGUACUAUCCGCCGCUCUCUGCAGUACCUGCUGGAGAACACAGAUGCAGCCCAGCCUAUCACUCCACUGUUUGAGGUCCAGUUGAUGCUGAACGGCAGUGACAUGUGUUUUGAUCCCCCGCUUGACUUCAGCCACAAGGGCAACUUCUUUGACAUUGUGGAUAAGAUGGUUGCUAACAUUCUAAACAUGGCGUCGUUCAUCCCCAGAGUUGCAAAGCACACACAUCUGGACAACUAUCAGAGCGACAUAAACAAAAUGAAAGAUUUGUCAGAAAUGUGCUGUACUUUACGCUCCAGAGCACGUGCAGCUAUCAACAAGGUCAGAGAAUAUCAAGGAUCGUUGAACAGCUACCGCUACCUCUGGACUGAUGACAGGUCUGAAUUUAUGAGGCAGUUUCUCCUAUACGGCCAUGUUUUAAGUACAGAGGAAGCUGAGCUGUAUGCAGACUAUGAACUGAAAAAGAACCCACCCACCCUGGAAAACUUUAAAGAGCAGAUCAAUCUGUUUGAGUGUCUGCAUGAGCAAGUGAGCAAGAUGGAGGACUGGAAGGUGUUUUGUGGCUGGCUGCAGUUGGAUGUCAGACCCUUCAAGCACACGCUGAUGAACUUCAUUAAGAGAUGGAGCUGGAUGUUCAAGGAGCACCUGCUCAACCAUGUCAACCAGAGUGUGAGGGAACUCUCUUCUUUUGUCCACGACACGGCUGAAGGUCUUUCUAACAAGGUGUCAGAUGGUGACUACGCCGGCCUGGUGGACAUUAUGGGACACCUCAUGGCCAUGAGAGACAGACAGAUCAGCAAUGAACAACACUUUAAGCCUCUCAAAUCUACAGCAGAGCUCCUAAAGACCUAUGGGCAACAAAUCCCAGAGAGUGUCAAUACACAGUUAGAAGAGCUGCCGGAGAAGUGGAAAAGUUUGAGGAAAAUUGCUUUCACAGUCAAACAUGAAGUGGCGCCGCUGCAGUCUAAUGAAGUAUCAGUUAUCCGAAGGAAAUGUGUUCGUUUUGAGGGGAGUUAGUUAGUGAAGCAGUAUGAGUUCAGAGAGCGGUUUCGGGUUGAAGUCAUUUUUAGGAUCAGUGUGGAGGAGCCAUAUAAAGAACUUGAUAAGGCAAAUGGAGUAGUAGCAGCAAUGGAAGCAGAAAUGAAAGCACUGCAGGAUACAGCCGACCUGUUCGAGGUCAGCUUCCCAGACUACAAGCAGCUACGCCAGUGUCGUACUGACAUCAUACUAGUCAAAGCAGUGUGGGAUAUGGUCAUUUUUGUCAAGAGCAGCAUAGAGGACUGGACCAAGACUCCAUGGAAAGAGAUCAACGUUGAGCAGAUGGACAUGGAGCUCAGACGUUUUGCAAAGGAGAUGAAGAUGCUGGAUAAGGACGUGCGCGUGUGGGAUGUCUACACAGGACUGGAGUCAACGGUGAAGAAUCUGUUGACCUCUCUGAGAGCAGUCAAUGAGCUGCAAAACUCUGCUGUCAGGGAGAGACACUGGCAGCAGCUAAUGAGCACCACCAAGGUAACGUUUGUGAUGGGAGAGGACACCACCCUCGGGAACCUUUUGGAAUUACAGCUCCACCGUGUUGAGGAUGAGGUCAAAAACAUAGUAGACAAGGCUGUGAAAGAAAUUGCCAUAGAGAAGGUUUUGGCAGAGAUAAAACAGACAUGGCGUGUUCUGUCAUUGUCAUAUGAGACUCACACCAGUACUGGAAUCCCUCUACUCAAAGCAGAUGAGAACCUGAUAGAAACACUGGAGGACAACCAGGUGCAGUUGCAAAACAUCCUCAUGAGCAAGUAUGUGGAAUAUUUCCAGCCAGAAGUGAGUGGAUGGCAGAGGAAGCUGAUGGUGGCUGACUUGGUCAUCUCCUCAUGGAUGUCUGUGCAGACGACAUGGGCCCACCUCAACAGCAUCUUCACCAACAGCCAUGACAUCCGCUGCCAGCUGGCCAGUGAUGCUGAGCGCUUCCAGGGAAUACAGAAUGACUUUCAGACUUUGAUGAGCGAGUUGGUGCAGAACAGUAACGUCCUAGAAGUGACCAACCAGCCAGGCUUCUUAGAGAACCUGGAGACACUGCAGCAGAGGCUGUCUGUGUGUGAGAAGGCCCUGGCAGAGUACCUGGAGACAAAGAGGGUCACAUUCCCCAGAUUUUACUUUGUGUCUGCAACUGACCUGCUGGAGAUUGUCUCCAAGGGAACACAACCUAAACAGGUGACCAGACACUUGCUAAAGCUGUUCGACAACAUAGCAGAUCUUUCCUUCAAGGAGUCAUACAGAGGUGAAGAAGGGAUGGAAGAGGAGGGAGAGGUAGUUGCCAUAGGGAUGUACAGCCGGGAGGGAGAAUAUGUUCCAUUCUCUGAAGCGUGUGUCUGUAAAGGACAGGCGGAGUGCUGGUUGGGUGCCUUGGAGAGCACCAUGCGCUGCACCAUUCAGAAGGAGAUCCAGGAGGCGGUAGCUGCCUAUGAGGACAAAGCACGUGACCAGUGGCUCUUUGACUACCCUGCACAGGUUGGGUUGACCGGUAGUCAGGUGUGGUGGGCCACAGAUGUGGGAAUUGCAUUUGCACGAGUGGAGGAAGGAUUUGAUACAGCUUUAAAAGAAUAUAACAAAAAACAGAUCACACAGCUCAACUCACUGAUCCACAUGCUCCUUGGUGAUUUGACACCCGGAGACAGACAGAAAAUUAUGACCGUCUGCACCAUUGAUGUCCACGCCCGAGACGUAGUGGCCAAUCUCAUAGCCCAAAAGGUGACAACAGGGCAAGCUUUUGCGUGGCUCUCCCAGUUGCGCCACCGUUGGGACGAUGAAACACGACACUGUUACGUUGACAUUUGUGACGCCCGGUUUCGGUUUAGUUAUGAAUACCUGGGGAACACCAACAGGCUUGUCAUCACCCCUCUCACUGACAGGUGUUACAUAACUCUGACCCAGUCCCUCCAUCUGACUAUGAGUGGCGCCCCCUCAGGCCCAGCCGGUACCGGUAAGACAGAGACUACCAAGGACCUGGGUCGCUCCCUGGGCAUUAUGGUUUAUGUAUUCAACUGCUCAGAACAGAUGGACUACAAGUCUAUUGGGAACAUUUAUAAGGGUCUGGCUCAGACUGGAGUGUGGGGCUGCUUUGACGAGUUCAACAGGAUCUCUGUGGAAGUGCUCUCUGUAGUCGCCGUGCAGGUGAAGACAAUACAGGAUGCUGUACGCAACAAAAAACACAGGUUCAAUUUCCUGGGAGAAGAGAUAGAACUAAAGCAAACAGUGGGAAUCUUCAUCACGUUGAACCCAGGUUAUGCCGGUAGGGCCGAGCUGCCAGAGAACCUCAAGGCUCUCUUCAGGCCCUGUGCCAUGGUAAUCCCAGACUUUGAGCUCAUCUGUGAGAUCAUGUUGGUAGCAGAGGGCUUCAUUGAUGCUCGUCUGUUGGCACGCAAGUUCAUUAGCCUUUACACACUCUGUAAAGAACUGCUCUCCAAACAGGAUCAUUAUGAUUGGGGUUUAAGGGCCAUCAAAUCAGUUCUGGUGGUGGCUGGCUCACUGAAAAGAGAGGAGCAUAGCAGACCUGAAGAACAGGUGCUGAUGCGGGCAUUAAGGGACUUCAACCUGCCUAAGAUUGUGACUAGUGAUAUUCCCAUAUUUCUGGGACUUAUUAGUGACCUCUUCCCUCAAUUGGACGUUCCUCGGAAGAGAGACUCUCAACUGGAAAAUGCUGUCCGCCAGUCAGUUAGUGAGCUGUGCCUCCAGGCGGAAGAAAACUUCAUACUCAAGGUGACUCAGCUUGAGGAGCUUCUGGCUGUCAGACACUCUGUAUUUGUAGUAGGUGGACCAGGAACUGGAAAGAGCCAGAUCCUGAAGACCCUCCAUAGAACCUAUGCAAACAUGAAGAUGAAGCCAGUGUGGCAUGACAUCAACCCAAAAGCUGUGACCACUGAUGAGUUGUUUGGAUAUCUGCACACUGUCACCAGAGAGUGGAAGGAUGGCGUAUUUUCCACCACUAUGAGAGAACUAACUUCAGUUAACCAUGAGGGCCCCAAAUGGAUCGUUUUAGAUGGGGACAUUGACCCCAUGUGGAUUGAGUCUCUCAACACGGUUAUGGACGACAAUAAGGUUUUGACUUUGGCCAGUAAUGAGAGGAUCAGUUUGUCCUCCUCCAUGCGUCUCCUCUUUGAGAUAUCCCACCUAAAAGCUGCCACCCCGGCGACUGUGUCCAGAGCAGGAAUACUCUACGUCAACCCCCAGGACCUUGGCUGGAGCUCUUAUGUGGCAAGCUGGAUAGAGACCAGACAGGCUCAAUCUGAACGAGCCAACCUCACCAUUCUGUUUGACAAGUAUGUGCCCUACUGUCUGGAACAAGUCCGCUGCAACUUGAAAACCAUCACUCCGAUUCCGGAAAACAGCAUGGUGCAAACGCUGUGUUACUUGUUGGACUGCCUGCUGACAGAUGACAAUGCUCCUCCUGAUUCUCCUAGAGAACUUUACGAGGUUUACUUUGUCUUUGCCUGUGUCUGGGCCUUUGGAGGAGCGCUCUUCCAGGAUCAUUUACAUGACUAUCGUGCUGAAUUCAGCCGCUGGUGGUCCAAAGAAAUGAGAGCUGUGAAGUUCCCCUCCCAAGGAACCGUCUUUGACUACUUUGUAGAUCCCGAGACCAGAAAAUUUACCCCCUGGAGCGAGAAGAUGGUUCCUUUUGAAUUGGAGCCUGAGAUGCCUUUGCAGACAGUGCUGGUCCACACCCCAGAAACCAUCUGCCUGACGUAUUUCAUGGAUUUGCUGCUACACAGAGGCAAACCUAUCAUGUUGGUAGGCAACGCGGGAGUGGGAAAGACCAUCCUGGUAUCUGAUAAAGUCACCAAGCUCAAAGAGGAGUACAUGGUGGCCAAAGUCCCGUUCAACUACUACACCACCUCAGCAAUGCUGCAGCGUGUCCUGGAGAAACCACUGGAGAAGAAAGCUGGUCGUAAAUUUGGUCCUCCUACCACAAAGAAACUCAUCUACUUCAUCGAUGACCUUAACAUGCCCGAGGUGGAUGUGUAUGGGACGGUCCAGCCGCACACUCUCAUACGGCAGCACCUGGACUACAACCACUGGUAUGACAGACAAAAGCUGACAGUAAAGGAGAUCAAUAACUGUCAGUACAUUACCUGUAUGAACCCAACAGCUGGCAGCUUCUCCAUAAAUCCUCGACUACAGAGACAUUUCUCAGUGUUUGCAGUCCAUUUCCCCAGUGCUGAUGCAUUAGCCACCAUCUUCUCCAGCAUCUUGUCAGCUCACUUCCUGCAGGGGGGAUUCAGCUACGGUGUCUCUCGCUCAGUCGGAACUCUCAUUCAGGCUGCCAUUUCUUUGCACCAGAAAAUCAGUCAGAACUUCCUGCCCACAGCCAUACGCUUCCAUUACAUCUUCAACCUGCGAGAUCUUGCGAACAUCUUCCAGGGCAUCUUGUUUGCCCAGCCUGAGUGUAUUCGAUACCCCAUGGACCUUGUUCACCUGUGGCUCCAUGAGAGCUCCAGGGUGUACUCUGACAAAUUGAUGGACGAGAAAGACGUGGAGCUCUUCAACAAAAUCCUGCUGGACACUGGCAAGAGAUAUUUUGAGGGAAUAGAUGAAUCCAUUUUCAUCCACCAGCCUCUGGUGUACUGUCACUUCGCUCAGGGUGUGGGAGAGCCUCGCUAUCACCUGGCUUCAGACUGGGAGAAACUCCAAAAGGUGCUUGUUGAUGCUCUGGAGCAUUAUAAUGAGCUGCACGCUGUCAUGGACCUGGUGCUGUUUGAAGAAGCCAUCCAGCAUGUGUGUCGAAUCAGCCGCAUCCUGGAAGCUCCCUAUGGUAACGCCCUGCUAGUGGGGGUGGGUGGCAGUGGGAGGCAGAGUCUGUGUCGGCUGGCUGCCUUCCUCAGCAUGCUGGAAGUUUUCCAGAUCACAUUGCGUAAAGGAUACAGCUUCAAUGACCUCAAAAGUGAUAUAGCAGCCUUGUAUAUAAAAGUAGGAGUUAAGAACAUUGGCACAGUCUUCCUUCAUACGGAUGCCCAGAUUCCUGAUGAAUGCUUCCUGGUGCUCAUAAAUGACAUGCUUGCUUCAGGAGAUAUCCCAGACCUCUUUAGUGAUGAAGAAGUGGACACAAUCUUGUCGUCAGUGCGUAUGGAACUCCGAGGUUUAGGACUUAUAGAUUCCAGAGAGAACUGCUGGAGCUUCUUUAUUGAGAGGAUACGAAGACAGCUGAAGGUGGUGUUGUGUUUUUCCCCAGUGGGGUUCACACUACGGACACGUGCACGGAAGUUUCCAGCUCUGGUGAACUGCACAGCCAUUGAUUGGUUCCACCCGUGGCCUCAGCUCGCCUUGCAGUCUGUCAGCUCCACUUUCAUAGAGAAGAUACCUGGACUGGAGCCGAAUGUGAGAUCGUCCAUCAGUGAGUUUAUCUCCUACGCGCACACCAGCGUCAAUGAGGUGAGUGUCAAGUACCAGCAGAACGAGAAGCAUUUUAACUACACCACCCCAAAGAGUUUCCUGGAGUUCAUGAAGCUUUACGGCAACCUGCUGGGGAAGAAACGAACAGAGCUUAGCCAGAAGACAGAAAGGCUCGAGAACGGCCUGCAGAAGCUGCUGAGCACAGCCUCCCAGGUGGAGGACCUGAAAGCCAAGCUAGCAGUGCAAGAGGUUGAGCUUCGGCAGAGGAACACGGACAUCGAGGCCCUCAUUGCUAAAAUAGGACAGCAGACAGACAAGCUCAACCAAGAGAGAGCUGUAGCUGACACUGAGGAGCAAAAGGUGGAGGCAAUUCAAGCUGAGGUAAGCAAACAGCAGCGAGAGACAGAGAACGACCUGGCCAAGGCAGAACCAGCCCUACAGGCAGCCACUGCAGCCCUCAAUACACUCAACAGGUUGAAUCUGACCGAGCUUAGGACCUUCCCAAACCCUCCGGUGAUCGUCAUCAACGUCACUGCAGCUGUUUUGGUGCUGCUCGCUCCUCAGAGCAAAAUUCCCAAGGAUCGCAGCUGGAAGGCUUCCAAGGUGGUCAUGAGCAAGGUGGAUGACUUCCUGCAGGCCCUGGUCAACUUUGACAAGGAGCACAUCCCAGAGGCCACUGUGAAGGUUGUGAGGGACGACUACCUUAGUGACCCCGAGUUCAAUCCUGAGUUUGUGCGGCACAAAUCCUCCGCAGCAGCUGGACUCUGUUCCUGGGUGAUCAAUAUGAUCCGAUUCCAUGAGAUUUUUGUAUUUUGUGACGUGGAGAUGAAGAGAAUGUGUCUGUCACAAGCCAACGCUGACUUAGCCGAGGCAGCCGAGAAGCUCCAGGCCAUCAGGAAUAAACUAGCUGAGUUGGACAGCAGCCUGGAAGCACUGACAAGCGAAUACGAGAAAGCCACUUCAGAGAAACUGCAUUUUCAAGACGAUGUUAACCGCACCAACAAGACAAUCGAACUAGCCAAUCGCCUGGUCAAAGGGCUGCAGAGUGAAAAUGUGCGUUGGGCCCACUCAGUGGCUCAGUACCACAAACAGGAGGCCACUCUUUGUGGAGACGUCCUCCUAACUGCAGCCUUCAUCUCUUAUGCUGGGUCCUUUUCCAAAAAGUACCGCAAGGAGCUGCUGGACAACCUAUGGAUGCCCUUUCUCCUCAGCCAGAAGAUAUCCAUUCCCAUGACACCACACUUGGAUCCAGUGUCCAUGCUGACGGAUGAUGCAAUGGUAGCCCUGUGGAAUAAUGAAGGCCUACCAGGGGACAAAAUGUCCACUCAGAAUGCCACCAUCCUCACGAACUGUGAACGCUGGCCUCUCCUCAUUGACCCUCAGCUGCAGGGCAUCAAGUGGAUCAAGAGUCGCUAUGGUGGCAGCCUCAAGGUUGUCAGUCUUGGUCAGAGAGGCUAUGUUGAUGUGAUCGAGCAAGCUGUAGUAGCAGGAGACACCGUCCUCAUCGAAAACCUUGAGGAGACUAUUGACCCGGUUAUUGACCCCCUCCUCGGAAGACACACCAUCAAGAAGGGAAGCUGUAUCAAAGUGGGAGACAAGGAGUGUUUCUUCCAUCCCGGCUUCAGACUCAUCCUUCACACUAAACUGGCCAACCCUCACUAUAAGCCGGAGAUUCAAGCCCAGACCACCCUUAUUAAUUUUACUGUGACCAGGGACGGCUUGGAGGACCAGCUGUUGGCUCAGGUUGUCAACCAGGAGAGGCCCGACCUUGAGCACCUCAAGAGUGAACUGACUAAACAGCAGAACAUGUUUAAGAUUGAGCUAAAAGUUCUAGAAGACGAGCUGCUGACCAGGUUGUCUGCAGCAGAGAGUAACUUCCUGGGGGACGACGUGCUGGUGGAGAAGCUGGAGAGCACAAAGCAUACUGCUGCUGAGAUUGAGAUGAAGGUUCUGGAAGCUAAAGUCAAUGAGGUGAAGAUAAACGAAGCCAGAGAGCAUUACCGUCCAGUCGCUGUCAGAGCUUCCCUGCUCUACUUCAUCAUGAACGACCUGAACAAGAUCAACCCCAUGUACCAGUUCAGCCUCAAGGCAUUCAAUGUCGUUUUCCACAAAGCAGUGGACAUGGCUGAGGCCUGUGAGGACGUGAGCAGUAGAGUGAACACGCUAAUAGACGCCGUUACCUACUCCACCUUCAACUGCAUCAGCAGGGGGCUCUUUGAGCGAGACAAGCUCACCUUCAGUGCACAACUGGUCUUCCAGUUGUUCGUGAUGAGUAAGGAGAUAGAUGUACGUGAGCUUGACUUCCUAUUACGCUUCAACAUCGACCACGCUUACGUCAGUCCUCUCGACUUUCUUUCCAACGCUGCGUGGAGCGCCAUCAAGGUGAUGAGUUUCACUGAUGAGUUUCGGAGUUUGGACCGAGACAUUGAAGGCUCUCCAAAGCGCUGGAAGAAGAUGGUGGAGUCCGAGUGUCCAGAGAAAGAGAAGUUUCCACAGGAGUGGAAAAGCAAAAGCUCCCUGCAAAAACUCAUCAUGAUGAGAGCGCUGAGACCCGACCGUAUGACUUAUGCUGUCAGGAACUUUGUGGAGGAGAAGCUCGGAGUGAAAUAUACAGAAGGCCGUAAGACAGAAUUUGCAAAGUCCUUCAGGGAAAGUGGUCCGGCCUCUCCCAUGUUCUUCAUUCUCUCACCUGGAGUGGACCCUCUUAAAGAUGUGGAGAGUCUUGGGAGAAAGCUGGGCUUCACCAUCGACCUUGGCAAGCUUCACAACGUGUCCUUGGGUCAGGGCCAGGAGGCUGUGGCUGAGGCUGCCAUGGAAACCGCUGCAAAGGAGGGUCACUGGGUUAUAUUGCAGAACAUCCAUCUGGUUGCUCGCUGGCUGGGUUCACUGGAGAAGCUUCUGGAACGCUACGGUGAGGACAGUCAUCCUGACUACAGAGUGUUUAUGAGUGCGGAGCCUGCGCCAACCACUCAGGAACACAUUAUUCCUCAGGGCAUUCUGGAAAAUGCCAUCAAGAUCACCAACGAGCCUCCCACAGGCAUGCAUGCUAACUUGCAUGCAGCUCUGGAUAACUUUGACCAGGGUAUCCUGGACCAGAGUAGCCGCGAGCAGGAGUUCAAGACCAUCCUCUUCUCUCUGUGUUACUUUCACGCCUGCGUGGCCGAGAGGCGGAAGUUUGGACCCCAGGGAUGGAACAGGAAGUACCCCUUCAACACAGGAGAUCUGACCAUAUCUGUUAAUGUCCUGUAUAACUACCUGGAGGCUAAUGCACAGGUGCCGUGGGAAGACUUGCGAUAUCUGUUUGGCGAGAUCAUGUAUGGAGGACACAUCACUGAUGACUGGGACAGAAGACUCUGCAGAACCUACUUGGAAGAAUACAUGCAGCCUAACCAGUUUGACCGGAAGCUUGCGUUGGCUCCGGGAUUUUUUGUUCCAUCCAACCUGGACUACCAGGGGUACCAUGACUUCAUCGAUGAGAUGCUGCCCCAUGAGAGUCCUGCGCAUUAUGGACUGCACCCCAACGCAGAAAUCGACUUCCUGACCGUGACGUCAGAUAAUCUUUUCCACACUCUGCUGGAGCUGCAGUCUCCUGAUGCUGUGAUGGGGGAGGGCGUUUCAGGCACCCUGGAGGAGAAGGUGAAAACAGUGUUGGAUGAGGUGCUGGAGAAGCUUCCAGAGCAGUACAACAUGACGGACAUCACCUCCAAGACAGCUGAACGGUCGCCUUACAUCCUGGUGUGCUUCCAGGAGUGUGAGCGCAUGAACAUGCUGAUCUCAGAGAUACGUCGCUCGCUCAAGGAGCUGGACCUGGGACUCAAAGGCGAGCUUGCCAUCUCCCCUGAGAUGGAGAAGCUGCAGGCAGCUUUGUUUCUUGACAAUGUUCCUGACUCAUGGACCAAGCUGGCCUACCCGUCCACCUACAGCCUGGCUAUAUGGUAUAAUGAUGUGCUACAGCGUUGUAAAGAACUAGACAGCUGGACUCAAGACCUGUCGCUGCCUACCGUUGUGUGGCUGGGUGGACUCUUUAACCCGCAGUCCUUCCUCACAGCCGUGAUGCAGAGCCUGGCCCGUAAGAACGAGUGGCCCCUGGAUAAAGUGAACUUGACUGUGGAUGUGACCAAGAAGUUUAAGGAGGAGUUCAACCAGCCUGCUAGGGAGGGGGCUUAUGUAUAUGGACUUUACAUGGAAGGAGCCAGAUGGGAUACUCAGGCCGGAGUGAUCACUGAAGCUCGUUUGAAGGAGCUGACACCUGCCAUGCCUGUCAUCUCUGUCCGAGCGGUGCCCAACGACCGCCAGGAGACCAGGAACAUCUAUGAGUGUCCUCUCUACAAGACCAAGAUCAGAGGGCCCACGUAUGUUUGGACUCUGAGCUUGAAGACAAGAGAGCGACCCGCCAAGUGGGUCCUGGCUGGAGUGGCUCUGCUUCUCAGCGUGUGACGUGACGCAACUAUUGGUAUUGCAUUCUUCCCCUAUUAAGAAGUUAGCAUUCAGUUCAAUUAGACACGACCUUAGAAUAGGAACCUAAUUGUUUGACUUUUAUGCUACAUAUACAAUGAAACCUCUAAGUAAUAAUGAAAAUUCUGUCCAAAUCUCCAAAACUGUCACUAUCAUAAACCUUUUUUUAACUUUACAUGCAAUUUAUGGCAUUCUCAGAUAACACGAUAACAUUCUUAAUUUUCAUACAAGUGUAAAAAUAAGUUAACCUUAACAUUAAAGGGCGCUGUAUGCAAUGGGUGCCUCUCGCUCCCUAUAGGGCGCCAACAUUUGAACAUACUACAAGCACAGAUACAGGCCCCACGUAACACACUCAUGCACACUAGUUAUGUUUGUUGUCACCUAAUGAUGUCAAUCUGACAGCGUUUAGCUACUAAUGUUAGCUACCAUUGAAUGUAUAGCCUAUCAUAACCACAUAAUGACUUCUCUUGAGAAUGUUGUUGUGUUAUGUGUAGCGCUACAGACAUGUACGUGAAUACAUGACAGCGAUGAGUGACAACCAUGAACGGCAGGUAUUUUAUUCAGGCUGAAUGACAAUUUAUAACGAUUUUUAUGCCGUUUAAUUGGGUGUAAUUGUGACAUUUUUGUGUACAAUCUGUUCUUUUAAACCACGAUUGGUGGUUAUAUUUACCCCAGGGGUCAAUACUGGGACCAAAACUGUUCAACUUGUAUAUCAGUGACAUCUGUAAAGUGACGAAAGACUUGAAGUUGGUAUUAUUUUCGGAUGAUACUACUGCCUUUUGUUCUGGGGAAAGUACACAAGAGCUAAUUAAAAAGUCACGGAUGAAAUGGCCAUAUUAAAAAGAUGGUUUAAUAAAAGCAGAUUAUCCUUGAACUUAAGUAAAACUAAAAUAAUGCUAUUUGGUAAUAGCAGAAAGGACACAUACGACCAAAUACAAACAGACAGAGUGGACGUUGAAAGGGUGAACAAAAAUACAUUUCUGGGGAUCAUAAUAGAUGAAAAUAUGAGCUGGAAAUCUCACAUAAAAAAUAUACAACAUAAGGUGGCAAGAAAAACUUCAAUAUUGAAAAAAGCAAAAUUUGUUCUUGAUCAAAAAUCACUCCACACUUUUUACUGUUCUUUGGUAUUACCAUAUCUAACUUAUUGUGUGGAGAUAUGGGGUAAUAACUACUGUAUAAAAGUAAACUUCACUCGCUAAAUGUACUGCAAAAAAGAUCAGUGAGGAUAAUUCAUAAUGCCGCACAUAGAGAACAUACAAAUCCCUUAUUUUUAAAGUCACAAAUAUUAAAAUUUGGUGGUUUAGUACAUUUUCAAACCGCUAAAAUAAUGCAUAACGCUAACAAUAACCUGUUACCCAAAAAUGUCAUACAAUACUUUUCAACAAGAGAGGAGAAAUAUGAUCUUAAGGAAAAACUAAACUUGAAACACUUAUACGUGAAAACAACGCUAAAAACCCACAGCAUUUCAGUAUGUGGAAUUAAAUUAUGGAAGGGAUUGAGUAAGGAACUCAAACAAAGCACCAAGAUGAGCGAAUUCAAAACACAAUACAAGCAGCUGAUAUUUGCAAAAUACAAGGAAGAAGAGUCUUGAGCUGGUUUGUCUCUAUUCAUUAUUAUUCAUUUCUUAUUACACUAAUUAUUAUAUAUGAUUUCUAUUUGUUAUGAAAAAAAUCUUUACGAUUACACCAUCACAUUGUUACAUUACCUCAUCACUCUUCUAUGAAUUAACAAAUCACAUGUGGAAUACAGGAAGUGAAUAAAUGUACUGCAAUAGAUGUGGAACGGAUGGGGGGUAGGAUUAAAAAAGCUUUGCUUCAUCCACUGUAACUUUUAUGUAUGUUCAAAUGAAUUGAAUCCAUAACCAUUACCAUAAUAUAUAUAUUUAUAUAUUUUGGUUGAAAUGUUCCCAUUUGCAAUUUGAAGAAAAGAAAAAGAAAAGAAAAACCGUUGCGGCAGCUUUGCUUCCCAGAUCGAGUUGACUUCCAAAUUGUACAACCUCAAGAGCAUUUGACUUGACAUGUUCGGCUGUACAGCAGGCAUAGAAUCAGUUGGAGGAUGCCCGGUGGGGUACGUCGUGGGCGUCUACAGCUAUGCACUUAAUUUGACCGCGUUCUUACCAAUAAGAGCCUCCUGAGCUGCAUGGUUGUUUUGUAUCAGUCUUUUUAUUGAAAAAUGAAAAUGCCAAAAAUUCCCACACAACAUCACAGUUUGUCUAAAAUCUACGUACUAAGCCAAGAAAAACAAUGUCAGUCACUUGUUACAGUGUGUUAUGUAGUAGUAAAUUACACAGGUGAAGUGUUUCUUCCCACUUGGCAGCACAUACAGUACGCAACGGUUUAGUCUACACUGCUUUGAUACAAAAAGAACAUUUGAACAAAAGUGUUUUUUUGCACGUCAAGACCAACAGUGGUGCGGCCUUGGUGUCGUCACGUCUCUCCUAAUCGCUGUCAGACCAGUCCAGCUCCAUCAUGUCCAUGGCGGCGGUGGCCAUGUUGAUUUUGGAACCAUGUCGCACGCUGCAGCUUUUCACAGAGUUCUGAUUGGAUGAGGCCCGCAUGCUCACCUGCACCCCCGAGUGACCCACCACCCCCAUCUCGCCUCUGAUCUUUUGGCUGAUGGCCUCGCUCAGGUCGCCUCGGACUCCCUGGACCACCAUGUCGCUCCUAUGACCCCUCACCCCCAGCUCGCUUCUGACCUUCAUGACCCCCAGGUCCCCUAUGUCGUCCAUCUCCCCCAUGUCAUCCAUGUCUAAGGACAGCAUGUUCCCCAAGCCCCCUAAGCUACCAUGGAGACCCUUAAACAUGGCUGGAAGCCUCCCUCCUUCUAGUCCUCCCUCAUCCACUUUUUCUGCCUCUUUCUCGCCUUCUGCCUCUCCAAACCCCCCCGAGUAGCCUCUGACGAUGGUGGUCACCCUGCUUCUCUGCAUCCCCCCUCUCUCCAUGUCCUUUUCCUCCCACGUCCUCUCCUCCCUCUCCAGCCUCCCCCCUGGGAAGCUCCGGAGUGUCACCUGCACUCGUCCUCCCUCCAUGCUCCCUCCUUCAUCUCUCUGACCCCAACCUUUCUCCUCCAGGGUGCCCUCGUCUUCCUUGUCCUCCUCUCCGAACCUCCCCUGCAAACCUCGGAGCAUGACGUGCAGCCGCCCGCUGUCCAGAGAGCCCACCCCCCUCUCCAGAACAGCACUACUCCCCCUCUCGCUGUCGCCGUUGCUGAGAGUGCGAAGUAGGCAGCUGACCCCCGCACUGCUGACCCCAGCACUGUUGGAGUCUUGAGAGUGUGAACGGAAGAAAGAAGAACCAGUGGAACUGAUGGACAGCGGUGUGAAGAACUGCUGAGACAGAAAGGUGGGGGUGAACAUGACAGUACGUCUUCCUAAAAAGUGAUGAUGACCAUCGUGACUCACUGGCGACAUGCUGGAGCCAUCCAUCAGUAAGGAGGUGGGACUGGGAGACAUGCUGGACCGCUCCAUCAGCCUCUCCUCCCACAGCCGUAGCCUCCUCUCACGCUCCUCCAGCUCCUUCUCCUUGGAGUAGAGCUCCCUCUCCAGCUUACGAAGGCGCUCCAGGGUGGACUCAAUUUCACACCUGGAGUAUUUGUACAGACCACGCAACGCCAGAUGGUGAGCGGGUCAUCAACAGCUCACUUACAGUAGAGCUAAAAUGUUAUUAAUGUUAUUUAGUCCAGCCUGUCUACUGUGUUUAUUUCCUUGCUUUUGUCCUGCCUUAUUAUUAGAUUUCAUUGAAUUUAUUUAUUCACUUACUUCUUCUUAUUAUUACAUGCCUUAUUAUUUCAAUCGACUAGAUGGCGCACUGCAACUACAGCUGCUCUUUUCUUAU